AUGAAUGAGAAACAAAUUCUCGGCGUUGCUGGUAGCAGUAAUGAUGUACACCUUAUGACAUUAGAAUAUUAUAACGAACAUAAAGAUGAACUGAAAGGAGAGAAGGGUGACACCGGACCUCAAGGACCACAAGGAAUACAAGGAAUACAAGGAAUACAAGGAAUACAAGGACCUCAAGGCGAAAACGGUUUGGAUGGAAAGGAUGGAAAGGAUGGAAAAACUGCUAAAUCAUGGAUAUGGGACCUUAUAAAUACUGGUUUAACAGCUGCUUCAUAUGGAGUUCUUCAAUACCAAAUCGGAAAGAUAUGGGCGGUACUUGGUGAAGAAGUUUUAAAUGACGUUAAAAAUGCUUUGAACUUCAUUUCAAAUGGUUCGGAUACUAUUAAAACUUUAUCUGGUUGGAUGCAAGAAACAAGGAGUCAAAUAGAUACUGUAAGACGUAUAGCAAACAAUGCACGUACGGGAUUGGAUACUUUACGACAAGCACAAAAUACACUAAAGGAAGCAAAUGAUAUUCUUGGCUCAGUAUCAGACAUGCAUGAAGAUUGGCUUAAAGGUAUUGACAAAUCUUUAAAAAAUCACAGUCAGUCUAUUGCUGACUACAAGAAAAGUAUAGAUUUUUUACAUAGUGCUAUGGACGUACAUGAUGGAAGCAUAAGGAACUUACUUAAUGCUAACAAUAACUUACCAGGAACUAUUAAAGCAUUUAUAAAGUCCUUUGUAAAACCCGGUGCUCUAACAUUUAGGUCUUUGAGAGCAAGAGCAUUGAA